GUGAAAAUAAAUUAAAUAGUCUUGAAAAUGGCUGCUCCGUCAGUAUUUUUGGUUAUGAUAAAUGGACAAAUUGAGAGUGCAGAGUUCCCAGAAUUUGAUGAUAUCUAUUGCAAAUACUGCUUCUCUUAUGGCUUAGACUGGGCUAUUACUUCUGGUCUUGAAGAAAGUAUAACUCAGAUUACAAAAAAGAGCAGAGAUCAGUAUCAACGAUUUGUUUGGAACUUUCCAAUUGAUGCCACAUUCAAAAGUACAAGUCCUUCGGGUUGGCCACAGCUUGUAGUUUAUUCUUAUGGGCUUGAUGCAUUUGGAACAGACGUUGUGCGUGGUUAUGGUGUGUGCCAUAUUCCUAUCACUCCUGGCAGACAUAAGCUGAAAAUUCCAAUGUUUGUGCCAGAGUCAUCAUCAUUGUUUCAGAAGUUGACUGCAUGGUUUUUGGGUCGACGACCAGAGUAUGUAAAUCCAAGAGUUGUGGCUCAAGGGGAGGGAAGAGAAGUAACAAGGGUUAGAAGCCAAGGUUUUGUGACGGUGUCUUUCAAUAUCAUUAUGAAGGAUAUGAAGAAACUUGGUUAUGAUAUCCUGCCAUCAGACGUACAGAAUCCCACAAUUCCAGAUAAUGUCAAGAGUACAAUGACUGCAACGUCUUAGCAAAACUUCAUUCCAUAUUUCUAAUUUUAACUUCUUAGUCUACUAAACAAUUUGUUAGUAUAUCAUUUCACAUUUUUUUGUUUCAUCCCUUUCUGUGAGGCAGCACAAAAAUCUGCAUCCAACUUUGCAUAGAAUUUGGAGUAAGUGCUUUCCUAAUAUGUUUGUUUAGAUGUUGUUUAUGUUUUUAUUAGGAAUAUAAAUAUUGAUAUAAAAUAUUUGUUAAUUGUUAUAAAAAAAAAAGAUCUGAGUAAAAAAAAUCUGAAUUAAAUGCAUUUUCUGCUGCUAAUCUCACUAAUGAUAUGAUAUCUUUUAUAGUCUUAUGCCUUAUGUUCUGUACAUUGUUUGUGUCAUACAUAAAUAUAAUACUAAGAUAUUUUGUACACAGUUUGCCAUUUUAGGCAUAUUUAAUAAAUAUUUCUUUUUUUUUCUUCUAAGAAACAUUGAUUGGCAUCUGAGUUAAAAUUUGGCCAAUAACAGCCUUGUUAAAUUCAAUAAAAAAAGCAAUGAUCAAGUCCAGCUACAAUAGCAUUUUAUGAAUGCAGUUUAUUGGAACUUAAACAAUUUUUUUAAAGAGUUGAUCUGUUGAUUUUUUAGUAAUUGAUUUCUAUGAAAUGUAACUGUACAACUGUGGCGGAUGGAUCACACUUUGCAAUGCAUUGAAAUAGCAUAGAUACUAAGCAGACAGUCUGAUCAUCGACAAGUCUUUCUUCAAUCCUUUUCUCCAGGCUUUAUAUUCUUAUUCUUGUCAGCAAUGCAUUUGUAAAACUGGUCGGAUAUAAAAGAAAAUGAGGUUUCUUAUAUAAAUAUAUAUAUAUAUAUAUAUAUUUGGUUACUCAAGAUGGUGAAAUGUUUGGUGGAUAUUGUGAUUUAUUAAUCUGACAUUUAAGCUUGAGUUUUCAGACAACAAAGGCAGUGAAGGGCUGUGAUAUACUCUUUUCAAGUUAAGACAAUUUCAGAAAUACAGAUAAUUAUCAAUUUAAAAAAAUGUGCUAGACUACUAGACAUUUUUUACAGUUGUAUAAUGUGUAAAUAUAUAUUCUAAAAAUAUGUUGGUCUGUAAAGUCACUAGUGGUACCAAAUAUUUCUUGGUAAGGUAGAUCUUCAUUUUAUCUAAAUAUGUCUGGUCUCUUUCCUUUGUUAAAAAAAUAAAGUUACGCUGAUGAUGACAAAUUACACAAAUGAAUAUUUUUUGUUUAUCCAUAUUAUUGAAUGGUUAUAGGUUUGCAUGUGGAAAAAUGUUUACUUUUGAAUGAAAUGAUUGGAAUCUCAUAUUUGCUGGUAUGUUGAAAUCAGUCCGUCCUGAACUAUUUACAUGCACAUUAUCUAUACUGGUCCUUGUAAUCUUAGUAAUGUAUAUAAUAAAACUUGUAAUAUAUUCA